AAAGGGUGAGUAGUGUAGGCUCACACUUUCAAGUUUCACAGGGGCAGAAAGAGAAGAGGCUUACUACCGCCGAAUGAGUUACUACAUAGGAGUAACAUUAGUUGAGUUCAGGAUAAGGUUGCAGAUCCUUAAGGUACCUUCAAGCCAAUAGUGUAUCACCACCUCUACCAAUCAGGAUGCAGCCUUUCAGACCUUUCCAAAAGAAAAAAAGUCAUUUAAGUUAAGUUUAUGGCUUUAUGCAUACAUAGCAAUAGCAUACACUGCGCUGCAACUGAGUGAUACAUUAGGCAGCAACAGCAGCAGCCUCAGCCUGUGUUUUCUUCCCUCUUCUUAAUAGUGCUGCUGCUAUGAUGGGACUUUCUCUUGAUGCCGCCAUGCCCAUGUCCUUCAUCUUUCAUCUUUUGGACUUUUGCAAAUAACCAAAGUUAUUAUAUAGAGAGAGAGACAUCAACUCAGACUCACUCCAAGACCCAUCAUUUUCUUUCUCCCCUUCUUAUAGUCUUUGGCUUUACCGUCCAUAUCCGGCUUUUUUAUGAGCCAAGACUAUAAUAAUACCACCUUUUUUCAUAUGUACACAUUUGCUGCUUUCUUGUCUUUUUCUGCCUCUUGUCUUUUUUCAGGAACCAUUCUGUGAGUCUGGUCUUUUUAAACCUGUGAUUUUCUUUGGAGGUAUUAAGGUCCCGGCAAGGAUUUCAAGUCUUAUUCCUUUUUCUUGGUUAGUUUUUGAAGGGUAUAUCAGAGUUCCCAUUUGAGAAAAUUGUUUCGAAGUAUUUCCUUUUUGGAGGGUAUUGAAACCAAGGCAAGCCUUGCAGGCAACUGAAGGAUUGCCAGAACUAAUAGUAAUGGCAGAUUGGGGUGGUUCUUUAAACAAAAGCAGCGGUUUUGGUGGGGGGUCAAUGAGUAAUGAAGAUUUUGACGAAGAAGAUGUGUGGGGUGUGGCCAAAGAAAGGGAAAGGGAUUAUUUAAGCCCAAAAAUGAGGUUAUCUAAGGAGUCAUCUGGUUCUUCUUCUGCAUGGCGCCUGUCAACCUCUCCAAGAAAGAUCCCGAGGACUAACAGUAAUAGUAUCACACUACCCUCCUUGGGAUCAGAUACAAAUGUGGUUCAAAGGUCCUCAGCACCUAUGGCCAUUCCUGACUGGUCAAAAAUAUAUGGGAAGAAUGGCAAGAAGGGUGUUGAGGAGGGUGUAAACAACAAGGGUGAUUGUGGUUAUGAGGAUCAUUAUUACCAUGAUGAUGAAUAUGGUGAUGAUGACGUUGAGGAUGAGGAUGAUAUGAUUCCUCCUCAUGAAUGGAUUGCUAGGAAACUUGCAAGGAGUCAGAUUUCAUCUUUCUCUGUGUGUGAAGGGAUAGGGAGGACACUGAAAGGGAGAGAUCUUAGCAAAGUGAGAAAUGCUAUUUUGACCAAAACUGGUUUCAUAGAAUAGUUGGUGUAUUCAUCACCAUAUUCAUGUGGUCAUGUCAUUAUCAGCUUCAUAUUUGGCAUCUCCACAAUGAAGUCACCAUCAUUGUUACAUUCAGAUCCCAUGCAGUCUUUUUUAUUUGAUUAUUUGCACUCAUCUAUAUAUAUAUGGAAUGUGAGGUCCUGCUGUACGUGAAAGCCAGAGAUAGCUGCCCUUUUUGUUUUGUUCUUUUUGUUUUCUUCGUCUAAAUUUUCUGGGAAAAAGGAGUUUUAGGGAAAGAAAAAAGGAGU